UUUAAAACCGGAAGUACUUUCUUCAGAAAGAAUUUAGAAAUCAGGGAUUCAAGUCGUCUUGCUUUAUGUUCUUUGUUUUUAUUUACUGUUCCGCAUAAUAUUUCGAGUAAAACUAAUUAUCACACGAUAAAAUAUGAAAAAAGGGUAUAAAGUGACUGAUGUGCAAAGAGUGAAGAAAAUUGGAGUGGCCGCCGAGAACCUAAACGAACUUAUUGAAAAAUCGCGCAAAAAGUUAGGUUUCAAUGUCAGCUGCGCGGAGUGCCGGCUCUACGUGGCCGAAGACGGCACGCAAGUGGAUGAUGACGAGUACCUGAACACACUGCCUUCACAGACACUAUUCAUUUUAUUGAAGGACACGGAAAAAAUGGUAACUGACUUUGACUACUACUACAGCAUGAUCCGCAAACACAAGAAAGAUUACAUUGAUACUGGCAUGGCCGCUAAGGAUUUCCUCAGUUCAAACCUCAACGAAAAGUUCAAGGUUUUCCAGAGGUAUAUUGCAGCAGCCAAUGAUGCCAAAACAAUGCUUAGUGAAAGGACACAAGACCCAGAAUGGUUUGAAGGACUUGAGCCAUCAGAAAAAACAAAAGAACAAUCAAUGUCCAAACGCGUCAAGGAGCGUAUGAGGGGCUACUACUACAAGACCAAGUCAGCGUUACAGUCAUCCGAGUUGUAUGUUCAUUCCAAAAACGGGCGGGGUAAAAAACUGAUAGACCAGUUCCUAUUAGACUUACGGAAAAUCCUCGAAACUAAUAAAUAUAAUGAAGGCUAUUUCAAUAGAAAGGAUAAAGUUAUGAGUAUUUGUAAUGAAAAUGGGUUAUUUCAAUGCGGGGGACUGUGGAACAAAAAUAAGUGCAGUUAUGAAGGUGACCAUCUUAUAAAUCCAUAUAGGAGUCGAGAAGAAAGAAUUAUAUUCCAAACUUGGAAUUUAGAUCAUAAAAUUGAGCUUUCUCGUUCAAUCACCCCAAAUAUUUUAAAAGCAAUCGAGAGAAUUGCAUAUGGGGAAGUUAAAUGUAUAUCUUGUGAGAGGGAUUCAAGUGAGGGUUUCAUUGAAACUGAUAGAUACUAUUUGCAGAUUUUCACUUGUCAGAAUUUGAAAUUGGUCCAUAUUGUGUGUCAUUAUAAAGGAAAACAUGAUGCUGAGUCUGAUUUAUAUACUGUAUGUGGAAAAUGUUAUGGUACUCAAUGUAUUGAAAGCUCCUAAGUGUAACGCACAUCGGCAGAGCCGGCAUCUAUCUUGAUAACAACUCAAACUAAGCAUUAUUUAUUUCGGCAUAAGGCCCGGUAUGCGCCAAAGCAAAGUUGGGCGGAGAUUUGUUCAGCAGAUUUUGGAUAGAAGACUUGAUAACUUUUUACAUCUUCAUCAUCUUUUACAUAAUCUGCUGAAAAUAUUGUUUCCGCUUAAGUGGACAUCGGCCUUAAAGGUAAUAUCAGAUGGUUCAUUUGGAAGAAAUGUUCACUUGAGAUUUUGUUUGUCAUGUUUGAUUUAUUUUGUGUUCAGAUGUUUCAUUGCGAGUGAAGAAAUGGAUAAAAUGAACAGUCUGAUAUUGUCAAAUGGCAGACGCAGACAGGCGCGCACCCGCCUUGUUUUGUUUUAAGUAUACCAAUUUCAACUGUAUGUCAAAAUACAUAAAGCUGAGUUUUGGUAGUU